GCGCGCUCUCGGCUGGGCUCCGGCUCUGACGGCUUGGUGUCUUCCGCUCGCUGUGUGUGGACUCGGGUACCCGCGCCUGUGGCGGGGCGGCGGCACCAUGUUUCUUCAUUCAGUCAACCUCUGGAACCUGGCGUUUUACGUCUUCAUGGUCUUUCUGGCCACGCUCGGGCUGUGGGAUGUCUUCUUCGGCUUCGAGGAGAACAAGUGCAGCAUGAGCUACAUGUUCGAGUACCCCGAGUAUCAGAAAAUAGAACUUCCAAAGAAACUGGCAAAACGCUAUCCAGCGUAUGAGUUAUAUCUUUAUGGAGAAGGAUCCUAUGCUGAAGAACACAAAAUUCUCCCUUUGACAGGAAUUCCAGUUCUCUUUCUUCCUGGUAAUGCUGGAAGUUACAAACAAGUUCGUUCUAUUGGUUCUAUUGCACUUAGAAAGGCAGAAGACAUUGACUUCAAGUACCACUUUGACUUCUUUAGUGUGAACUUCAAUGAAGAACUAGUAGCCCUGUAUGGUGGAAGUCUUCAGAAGCAGACCAAGUUUGUGCAUGAAUGUAUUAAGACAAUUCUCAAACUCUACAAGGGUCAAGAAUUUGCUCCAAAAAGUGUGGCAAUAAUUGGUCAUUCUAUGGGUGGCCUUGUUGCUAGAGCAUUGCUUACACUGAAAAAUUUUAAACAAGAUCUCAUUAAUCUUCUUAUUACACAAGCCACACCUCAUGUUGCUCCUGUGAUGCCAUUAGAUCGUUUCAUUACGGAUUUUUAUAUGACUGUGAACAACUAUUGGAUUCUAAAUGCUCGACACAUAAAUUUCACUACACUUUCUGUAGCUGGAGGAUUCCGAGAUUACCAAGUUCGUUCAGGACUGACUUUUCUACCAAAAUUAAGCCAUCAUACCAGUGCCUUGUCUGUUGUGAGUUCAGCAGUGCCUAAGACCUGGGUCUCAACAGACCACCUCUCCAUUGUGUGGUGUAAACAAUUACAAUUGACUACAAUUCGAGCGUUCUUUGAUCUUAUUGAUGCCGAUACUAAACAAAUAACUCAAAAUUCUAAGAAGAAAUUAUCUGUUUUGAAUCACCACUUUAUAAGACACCCAGCAAAACAUUUUGAGGAAAAUCCAACAAUAAUUUCUGACUUAACAGGUACAUCUAUGUGGGUUCCAGUAAAAGUGUCCAGAUGGACCUAUGUGGCUUAUAAUGAAUCUGAUAAGAUAUAUUUUACAUUUCCUCUUGCAAAUCACAGAAAAAUCUACACUCAUGUCUAUUGUCAGAGCACCAUGCUGGAUACAAAUAGUUGGAUUUUUGGCUGCAUAAACAGCAGUUCCAUGUGCCAGCAAGGGGUUGAUUUAUCAUGGAAAGCUGAACUGUUGCCAACAAUUAAGUCUCUCACGUUAAGACUUCAAGACUAUCCAUCUCUGUCUCAUCUUGUUGUUUAUGUGCCAUCCAUUCAUGGAAGUAAGUUUGUUGUAGAUUGUGAAUUUUUUAAAAAAGAGACAAGAUCCAUACAACUUCCUGUAACUCAUCUUUUUUCCUUUGGAUUGUCUUCAAGGAAAGUAAUACUAAAUACAAGCGGCCUGUAUUACAAUAUAGAGCUUCUGAACUUUGGACAGAUAUACCAAGCUUUUAAAAUCAAUGUGGUAAGCAAGUGCUCCGGAGUCAAAGAAGAAAUAACUAGUAUCUAUAAACUUCAUAUUCCCUGGUCUUAUGAAGAUUCACUAACCAUUGCCCAGGUUCCAUCUACCACCGAAAUUUCUGUGAAACUUCAUAUUGCUCAACCAGAAAAUGACAGCCAUGUGGCAUUAUUAAAAAUGUAUACAUCAUCGAACUGUCAGUAUGAGGUGACUGUUAAGACGUCCUUUGCACAAAUACUUGGGCAGGUAGUUAGAUUUCAUGGUGGAGCUCUUCCUGCUUAUGUUGUAUCUAGUAUCCUUCUUGCUUAUGGAGGACAGUUAUACUCUCUUUUCUCAACAGGUUAUUGCUUAGAAUAUGCUACCAUAUUGGAUAAAGAAGCCAAACCAUACAAAGUUGAUCCUUUUGUAAUUAUGAUUAAGUUUUUGUUGGGGUAUAAAUGGUUUAAGGAAUUAUGGGACCUAUUAUUAUUACCUGAAUUAGAUGCCAUUGUUUUAACGAGUCAGAGUAUGUGUUUCCCCCUUGUAUCCUUGAUUCUUUUUCUGUUUGGAACAUGUACUGCCUACUGGAGUGGCCUUGUAUCUUCUGCAUCUGUGAGACUCCUUUCUUCAUUGUGGCUAGCUUUGAAAAGACCCUCUGAACUUCCUAAAGAUAUCAAGGUGAUAUCACCAGACUUACCCUUUUUGACAGUUGUUUUGAUUAUAGUCAGUUGGACAACGUGUGGAGCGCUCGCCAUACUUCUUUCUUAUCUUUACUAUGUGUUUAAGAUUGUUCAUCUGCAAGCCAGUCUAACAACUUUUAAAAAUAGUCAACAAGUGAAUCCCAAACACGCUAAAAGAAGUGAAAAAAAAUCCAGUCACCACAAAGACUCUUGUGUGCACCACCUUCGUUUAUCUGCUAAUGAUGCUGAAGAUAGCCUUCGCAUGCACAGCCCUGUGAUUAACUUACUAACGUGGAUUGCAUUGCUCAGCAUGCCAUCUUUCAUUUACUGGUUAAAGAAUCUUAGGUAUUAUUUUAAACUUAACCCUGAUCCAUGUAAACCUUUGGCAUUUGUCCUUAUUCCAACUAUGGCAGUUCUUGGAAAUACUUACACAGUUUCAAUAAAGUCAAGUAAAUUGUUGAAGACUGCCUCACAAUUUCUACUUCCUCUGGCUGUUGGUGUGAUUGCUUUUGGCUCAGCACAUUUAUAUAGGGUUCCAUGCUUUGUCUUCAUUCCUCUUUUACUCCAUGCAUUAUGCAACUUUAUGUAAGAUUGGACUUAAAUGGUAAAAAUGAUUUAUGCCUUGGAGCCUAUAAUAUGAGUGAACACACAGAUCUACCAACAUGGACAGCAAGGUCUCUUCAGAAGACAAGUCUAUUUUUACAGUAUUGAAAAUAGGAAAUUAGUUUUGUAAUACUUAAAGAAAUAAGCAUGAUUUUGUUCUGUGGUGUAGCAUUUGUGUACUAAUCAGUUUUGAAGAAUUAGUGAAGGGAUCUGGUGGUCACUAUCUUUGAGGACUCCUGUGCAUAUCAAGUAGUCUGCUUCAUCAACCAUACUAGGGGUCUUCUAGAGACUCAGUAGAUGAAUCAUUGUUUAUAAUCUCAUGUAAAGCAUUCUGCUUAUUUCAUCCGACUUGCUUUUGAAAAGUGGGUUGUUUUAUCUUUGUUAUAGUUUAUAUAAUGAAAAAUAAGUCUUAAAACAUUGACAAAAUUCACAUCUAUUUGGUUUCUCAAAAGGAAAAUAGCCACAGAGAACA